AUGGGAAGAGGAAGGGAGUGAAAGUGAGUUGUUUCCGUACAUCAGGGCUUGGAAGAAUUUAUAUUUUGUGUGGAAAAUCUUCUUUUGAUAUGUCCAAAGCUAGCCAGUCGACGAAAUUUAGAGGAGUAGAUGUGGAUGAGCUCGAUGAAAACAAAUUCCAGGACGAUGGAGACGAAGAUUCAGGACAGAGCGGACCUGAUGAAGCAGAAGUUAACAACUUAUUAAUGCAGAAGAAAAAUGCAGAAGCAUUGAAAGCUGCCUUGACCAAUGCACCUAUUCUGUCUAAAAACCAAGCAACAAAGGACAAAGCAUUUGCAGUAGUUUUGCGUGUUCUAACCGCUGUUAAGUCGGCUGAAGUGGAGAAAGCUGUUAAAACCCUAGACAAAAAUGAGCAGGAUGUGUUAAUGAAGUACAUCUAUCGAGGGUUUGCAGAGCCAACUGAGGGAUCAAGUGCCACUCUCCUUACAUGGCAUGAGAAGGUCCUAGCCUCUGCUGGUCUUGGUAGCAUUGUCCGUGUUCUAACUGACCGAAAAACUUUGUAGAUGGUCAAGCAUUUUUUGGAUAAAUCAAAACUAAGGCAAUUUCUCAUGGGUAGAAGAUUGCCCACAAUAAAAGCAAUUUUAAGUUUAUAUUUCUUUCAUCAUUCUUCCUAAUCUAUCCUGAUUAUUUUUCACAUAAUCUAAGCAUGGAAAAAAUUCACUUGUAAACACCUGUUAACUAAAUACCAUCCAAAGUGGUAAGGUCAUGAAAUUGUUAUUUCCAGAUUUACCAUUUGAAGGGAAUUCAAUUGUUGGCUGGUAAGAAUGGAUGCCAAGGUAUUGUUAGAUGGUGAAUUUCGUAAUUUUCCUUUCCUCAUUUUAAACAUCAAAUUCUUAAUGUUAUCAUGAUUGUGAACUAAGUAAAAAAGUAGAGUUCUUUUAAAUGAUGGAAAUGUCAAAGCAUUGACUGUAUGGUGUUAAUUAUUUGAACAUUACUUGACUACUUGUUGAGUCUAUUUUUGUAAAAUGAACCAUUCCUUUUUUAGGAACAAGACUCAAUAGCUAGCUUUGAAAAUAAAAUUUUGAUAAAUCUGA